AUGGUGUCUCGAACAUUAUUUGUGGAUACGAAAGUAGUACUUUUUGACGUGUUCACCUACCAAGAUGAUGAUUUUUACAAUCUUAUAAGUCAACUUGCUGGUCCAGAUGAGGCAGCAUUACUUAAGAUUCAAGGUAUUCGAACAGUUAAUGCAUUUUUACGUAUACCAAAUAUCUUCGACGUUUUCAACAUCAAUGUUAAAGAAGUCAAUGAUAUUAAAACAAAAACAUGUUUUAUUCUUGAAAAUAAUAAUUAUAUUGUCAAAUCAGGUAUUAAAGACUCAAUUGAAUAUUUACGUGAUUUAUUUGGAAGGAAGCAAGGUGAACUAUUGAAGAAUACUAAUCGUAAACGGCGAACGAUUUCGAAUGUCUCUUCAAACACGACUGCUACACCUAAUAAUUCUCUUCAAACGAUUACUGAUACUAUUCAAUUUUCAACAACUACGACAUCAACAAUUGAAGCUAUUGAUCAUCGCUCCUUUAUUAUACAGUCAAUCGACGAAUGGUGUUUAAAACAUGCUGAUGAAAUUGGUAUUUCUGAUUUAAAAUUUGUUGAAGGUACCGAUUAUGUAGUUACAUUAUCUUCUGGUUUUGCUCAUAUUCGUUGUGCCUGCCGUGGAUCGGCUCGAUUGCCAAAACAAGGAAAAAACUUUCGAUUAUCAAAUUUUUAUCGUCAUUUGAAAGGGAGAAGAUGUUCUAUGCUUAAAGCAAAACAACAAAUGCAUAAUAUUAAUAGUAAUCCAAGCAACAAUGUUAGUAUUGAUGAAGAAACAUCUUCACAACGAACUACUACAGAAAAUAUUCCAAUUUUAUCUUCUGAUUCUACUACAUUGACUGGUUCCAAACGACGUUCAUCUUUAUCAGAUAUCAAUGGGUCAAGAAAAAAGCAACAAAAGAAUUAA